AUGACUUCUCAAACUAUGGCUCUGUCACAUAUUUUCAACUUCACUCUUGGGACUAUUUUUAUGACACAGCUAAUUUUAAAGAAGGCAAAUACUUCAGUUGGAGUUAAGAAUAUUAGAAAACGGCUCAAUAAUUCACACGAGGAUUUUGACUGCUUACUGCAUUACGUUGACAAAGAUCUUUCUGAGUUGUAUAAUGAUGUUAAAAGUGGGCAUUUGGACCCAAUUGAUUUACUUCAUAUCUUUCAAGCUAAAGCUUUAAGUCUGUAUGAUAGUGGGAAUUCAGGAAUUGCUGAAUUUAUUCAGGAAGCAGAAGUUUAUGCAAGUGAACUUUCUAAAUCACGGAAUGAUUCAACCAUAUCGCCGUUAUUCGGAAUCCCCAUUAGUGUUAAAGAGACUUGCUGUGUUUCGGGAUAUGAUUCUACCUUCGGUCUGAUAAAACGAUGCAACCAACCGAAUACUAAAGAUUCUGUUUUAGUUCAGGUCUUAAAAAGAGUUGGAGCUAUUCCUUUUGUGACUACUGUUACUACUCAACUAUGUCGUACUCUAGAUAGCUUUAAUUCUGUAUAUGGCAAUGCUUACAAUCCUCUUUCCAAAUUUCGAAUGCCUGGAGGAAGCUCUUCUGGUGAAGCUGUAUUGUUAGCUCUUCAUGGUUCACCUGUGGGUAUCGGUAGCGACAUUGGUGGAAGUCUUCGUAUACCUGCCGCAUUCUGUGGCUUAACCAGUCUAAAACCAACGGUCCGAAGACUGAGUGUAGCAGGGUUGGCUUCAGCUGGAGGAAAUUCAGUAUUGUACUUGCAGCAAUGCCCUGGACCUAUUGGUAGGAAGGUGGAAGACUUAGCUCGUGUAAUGCGUGCAUUGUUGUGCCCCACAAUGUUCGAUUUGGAUCCUUAUGUUGUACCUAUGCGUUUUAAUGAGGAUUUAUAUGGAGGAAAGAUCAAACAUAAGUUAGUAAUUGGUUAUUAUUUUGACUUCGACAAUCCUAAUAUUAUGCCAGUUGUGGAUAUAAAUCGACGAGUUGUAGAGGAGUCAGUUAAAGCACUAAAAAAGGCUGGACAUCAACUUGUAAAGUUUACAGUUCCUCAACCUUUUGAAGCCUUUAUUCUUGGCGUACGUGCCUUUUUUGUUGAUGGAGGUUCCGAAAUGAGAAAGAAUUUAAAAGGUGAACCAGUUGGACGUCAUUUACGUUCGGCGAAUCACUUUGUUAACCUACCUAAUUUUUUAAAACCCGUGGUAAUUUCCCUUUCACGAUACUUUGCUGGAAUACCAGAGGAAAUUAUGCGUGUAAUGCUUGGACUCAAGAAUGCCCCAGCAGCAGUUGGUUUGAUUUCUGAAAUCAAAGCCUAUCAGAUGGAAUUCGCAAGAGCUUGGAACGAAGCUGGUCCAUUGGAUGCACUGAUAUGUCCUGUAUUUGCAUAUCCUGCACCUCCUGAAAAUACUCCUACAUCACUUAUCAGUGCUCCUGGUAUAUAUACAUACCUGUACAAUAUUUUAGAUUAUCCUGCAGGAACAGUUCCGACUGGUUUUGUUAGUAAGAAAGACGUUCAAGAUGCAUUAGUUAAGUCUGAAUCACUUUCCGCUGCCGGUGAUGAUCGUAUGUCUAAAGUGUACAAACUACUGGAUGGCGGAGAGAAUAUACCGCUUUCUAUUCAAGUGGUUGGUAAACCAUAUCAUGAAGAGAUUGUUCUUCGAGUAAUGCAGGAUAUAGAAAAUUACUUUUCUUUAAGGUAG